AUGGGAAACUUCAAGAAGGAGAAGAGCCGUCGCGAUCGCGAUGGCACGAGCACGGGUGGUGCAACCUUCAAAAUCAAAGGAGAAAACUUCUACCGAGACGCAAAGAAGGUUAAGCAACUCAACAUUUUCAAGGAGGGCAAGGCACAGCGAAACGCAGAAGGCAAGAUCACCCAAGCCGCUAGCUACCAGAGCCGCGAAAUUCCCAACGCCCGAGUCGAGCCAAACAGGAAAUGGUUCUCCAACAGCCGAGUAAUUAGCCAGGAGUCUCUCAGCGCCUUCCGAGACGCCAUCGCACAAAAGGAGAAGGAUCCCUACACCGUCCUGCUCAAGAGCAACAAGCUGCCUCUGAGUUUGAUCCGCGAUGGCCAGGAUAACAGGGUCAACGGCCUCAAGGAACACCAGGCGAAAAUGACUGUUGAGACGUCGCCAUUUGCUGAAGUGUUUGGGCCCAAAUCAUCACGGAAGAGAGUGAAGCUGAGCGUUAGUAAUAUCGACGAGCUGGCAGGCGACUCAGUCAAGAGUCUUGAGACCUACAACGAAAAGCUGGAACAGGCCAGACUGUUGAGCGGCGAGCUGGGGGCCGAGCAGGCUGAGGCUGGCGAUCUUCGUCGAGACCAAGCAGCUGCGGCUGUGUUGACGACGGCGACUGAGCCUAUCUUCGACAAGGGCCAGUCGAAGCGUAUCUGGAACGAACUUUACAAGGUUAUCGAUUCCUCAGAUAUUAUUCUGCACAUCCUGGACGCCCGUGACCCGCUUGGAACACGAUGUCGGUCUGUUGAGAGAUAUCUCAAGGAGGAGGCGCCACACAAGCAUCUUGUGUUCAUCUUGAACAAGUGUGAUCUCGUUCCUACCAAAGUUGCUGCCCAAUGGGUGAAAUACCUGCAGAAGGAAUAUCCCACAGCCGCCUUCAGGGCCUCCAUAAACAACCCCUUUGGCAAGGGAUCAUUAAUCAACCUCCUUCGGCAAUUUUCCAAGCUCCAUUCCGACAGGAAACAAGUUUCAGUUGGCCUGAUUGGCUACCCUAAUACCGGCAAGUCCUCGAUCAUCAACACCCUCAGAGGCAAGAAGGUCGCCACAGUAGCUCCCAUUCCCGGUGAGACAAAGGUCUGGCAGUACGUCACCUUGAUGAAGAGGAUAUACUUGAUCGACUGUCCUGGUAUUGUGCCACAAAACCACCAUGAUGCGCCGACUGAGCUGCUUUUGCGAGGCGUGGUGCGGGUGGAGAAAGUAGAGCAUCCCGAGCAGUACAUACCUGCUGUGUUGAAACGGGUGAAGAAGCACCACAUGUCGAAGACAUAUGACCUGAGUGACUGGAACGAUGACCACAUUCUGUUCCUAGAACUUCUCGCCAGAAAAGGAGGGCGACUGCUGAAAGGUGGCGAACCCGAUGUGGAUGGUGUAGCAAAGAUGGUACUCAACGAUUUCAUGCGCGGACGGAUACCCUGGUUUGUGCCACCACCAGUCGCAGGAGACGACAAAGAGGGUGAUGCGAACGAGGGCGAGCAAAAGGCGCCAGAGAAGGUGCUCAAGAAGCGCAAGAGGGAGUCUCGGGAGGCGACAGAGAAAGCCGUGGAGGAGGACAGCAGUCCAGAGGACGACGAUGACGAGGAGUUUGGUGGUUUCAGCGACGACAGCGAGCCUGAGAUCUCCGAUGACGAGGACUCGGAGGCUCCGGACGAGGACGGAGACGAGGAUGAGGAUGAUGCAGGCGAGGAUGAUGCCGCCCCAGAGGCUGAGGAUGCCGAGGAUGGCGGCGCUGCUGUCGCGGAGGAAAAGGAGGAAGAGCCAACGCCUGCGCCUGCGCCUGCGCCUGCGCCUGCGCCUGCGCCCGUGCUCGAGGCACCGACGCCAACCAGGCGAUCAUCACGACGGACCAAGAAGCCCGUCAGCUUCAAAUGA